GAAACAUGGCCGGAACUGCGGCAUUUGUACAGAGUUCUUUCAUUUAUUCACUCCACUGUUUUAGCUUACUUCGUUUAUUUAUUUGCUUAGCUUUUUCGGCGUUUCAAACAGCAGGUAGUAAUAAUGUUUUCAGUGCAAGCCACACGGCUACUGCAUCAGUGGCUGCUGCCAGAGAUCUAAGGUACCUAUUGUAUGAUGUGAACCCUCCUGAGGGGUUCAAUCUGCGGAGAGAUGUCUACAUACGAUUGGCAUCUUUAAUAAAGACUUUAAGAAAAAAUGGGGAUGAUUGGGUGCUGGUGCUUCCUCCGUGGGGUCGCCUCUACCACUGGCAGAGUCCAAACAUUCACCAGAUCCGCAUCCCGUGGGGAGAGUUCUUCAGUCUUACAAGUCUGCAGGCCAAUGUCCCUGUCAUUGAAUAUGAAGAAUUUAUUUCUGAGAAUGGUGGCCCUUUCAUUGACCAAGUACUUGUUCUUCAAAACUACGCUGAAGGAUGGACUGAUGGCAAAUGGGAAGAAAAGGUUGAUGAGCGUCCAUGUAUUGAAAAACUGAUGUACAGCAAAGAUAAACAAAGUUUCUACAGGGGGUGGUUUUGGGGCUAUGAAGACACAAGAGCCCGACAUGUAACUUGUUUAUCAGCUCAGGGACAUGCUUCAAUAAUGGCCCCAAUUCUUCAGAAAAAUAUAACAGCAACGUCGGUGAUGCUUGAUCGAGCUGAGACACUGCUUCAUGAUCAUUAUGCGGGAAAGGAUUAUUGGGAUACUCGCAGAAGCAUGGUUUUUGCAAAGCAUUUGCGUCUCAUUGGAGAUGAAUUCCGAAAGAAGCACCUGAACUCAACAGAUGAAAUGGACCGUACUAUUUACAAUGAGGACUGGACGCGUAUGAAGGCUAAAUUGGGCACGGCUAAAGGUGGCCCAUAUCUGGCUGUACAUCUACGAAGGAAAGACUUUAUCUGGGGUCAUAGAGAGGAUGUUCCGAGCCUUAAAGGAGCAGUGAAAAAGAUACAUAGCCUAAUGAAGAAACACAAUCUUGGCCAAGUUUUUAUUGCAACUGAUGCAGAUGAAGAAGAGAGCAGGGAGCUCAAAAGACUGUUACCAGAAAGUGUGAGAUUUGAACCAUCUGCAGAAGAUUUGGAUCUUUUCAAAGAUGGUGGAGUGGCCAUUAUUGAUCAGUGGAUUUGUGCUCAUGCAAGGUUUUUUAUAGGAACUUCUGUGUCCACUUUUUCAUUUCGGAUCCACGAGGAAAGGGAAAUCCUUGGUUUUGACCCUAAGACGACGUACAAUCGUUUCUGUGGAGACAAAGAGAAAGACUGUGAGCAGCCAACACACUGGAAAAUAGUUUACUAAUAUGACAGCAACAUAUCAGAUCUCACAAGUGCCAAAAGACAGUGUUACAACAGUGCUCGAUGUACUUAAAAUAUUUGUAUUGUGUACAACAUGUUUCUGGUGCAAAGUGUAGAGUUGAUAAUUUAGUCUUUACUCACCAUUUUUCAUGAAAAACUCUGUGUACAAUGCCUUUUUAAAACUUGUUAGUAUACAUAUUUAUUAAUAUUUACCACUAUCUCUGUGUCAUUUUUAAUUUGUUUAAAAUUAAUUAAAAUUGCUUGACCACAUAGCUACCUCUUGUUUAAAUAAUAGCACAAAUAAACAUGAAGAAAGGAAAGGAAACAAAUAAAAUAACAAUAUUAUAUUAUAUGUAUAUAUAAUAUUUUUUGUUUGUAACUUGGAUGAUGGAAAACUGGUAAAAAUUUAACAAAGCUACUCUUCUAAGAAUUUGAAAACAGUGAAAAAAAAAAUACUGAUUUUUGUAUUGAUGGAAAGUUACUUUAUGCCAGUAUGUUGGAAAUUGUGUGUUUUAAUUUCCUACAUAUUAUCCCCACAUUUUAUGCACUCAUAUGCUUAAGGUGUAUUCUAGCAGACUAGACACUAUUGAUUAUAACUAUUGCCCACUGUAGUUUCAGUUAUCUGACUUGUGGUAGGGCAUCUGGUGUAAAUAUCUGCCAACAGAAUGAUUCAUUGCAAUACCUCUGUCACGAAAGGGUGAAACUGAAUAUAUAAAACUAUGUCACCUCUGCUCCUAAUGCCAAACCCUGCUGCUCAUUGUCUAGCAUUUACUUAGAAUGGAAAAUAUGCCUAGUCACCUCUGUGUACAAUAUGCCUAAAGGUCACCUCUAAUGUAAAAUAAUAACACCACAACAAUAGGCCACUGUAUCUUAAUAAAGAAGCCUGUUUCU